CCUCGAAAUCGAGGCCCGCGACGUGGUUAAGAUAGUGCUGCAGUUCUGCAAGGAGAAUUCGCUGCAGCAGACGUUCCAGACGCUGCAAAACGAGUGCCAGGUCUCCCUCAACACUGUUGACAGCAUCGACACCUUCAUUGCCGACAUCAAUGCCGGGCGUUGGGAUGCUGUGCUUCCCCAGGUCGCACAGCUCAAGCUGCCACGCAAGAAGCUCGAGGACCUCUAUGAGCAGAUUGUGUUGGAGAUGGCUGAGCUCCGUGAGCUUGACACGGCCCGUGCCAUCCUCCGUCAGACGCAGGUCAUGGGUGUUAUGAAGCAGGAGCAGCCUGAGCGGUACCUCCGCCUUGAGCACCUCCUUGUCCGCACAUACUUUGACCCCAAUGAGGCCUACCAAGAAUCCACCAAGGAGAAGCGGCGAGCACUGAUUGCUCAAGCUGUUGCUUCAGAAGUCUCAGUAGUACCGCCAUCUCGUCUUAUGGCACUGAUUGGUCAGGCUUUGAAGUGGCAACAGCACCAAGGAUUGUUGCCUCCUGGCACACAGUUUGAUUUAUUUAGAGGAACUGCUGCAAUGAAGCAGGAUGAAGAAGAAACAUACCCUACUUCCUUAUCUCAUCAAAUAAAGUUUGGGAAGAAAACUCAUCCUGAAUGUGCUCGAUUUUCACCUGAUGGUCAGUACCUUGUUUCAUGCUCAGUUGAUGGAAUAAUUGAAGUCUGGGAUUAUCUUAGUGGAAAGCUUAAAAAGGAUCUUCAAUAUCAAGCCGAUGAAAGCUUUAUGAUGCACGAGGAACCUGUGCUGUGUGUUGAUUUUAGUAGGGAUUCUGAAAUGCUGGCAUCUGGAUCACAGGAUGGAAAGAUUAAGGUUUGGCGUAUACGAACUGGUCAGUGCUUGCGACGCCUUGAGCGUGCACAUUCGAAAGGUGUUACAAGUGUUACAUUUUCACGUGAUGGAACCCAAAUAUUGAGUACAUCCUUUGACACUACCGCGAGGGUACAUGGCCUCAAGUCUGGAAAGAUGCUGAAAGAAUUUCGAGGUCAUUCUUCAUAUGUAAAUUAUGCCAUCUUCACUACUGACGGUAGCCGUGUCAUUACAGCUUCCAGUGAUUGUACUGUUAAGGUCUGGGAUACUAAAACAACAGAUUGCUUGCAUACUUUCAAGCCACCACCUCCUUUGAGGGGAGGAGAUGCAUCUGUUAAUUCUGUCCAUUUAUUUCCAAAAAAUACUGAUCACAUUGUUGUCUGCAAUAAGACUUCAUCAAUAUUCAUCAUGACUUUACAAGGACAGGUUGUGAAGAGUUUCUCAUCAGGUAAGCGAGAAGGGGGAGAUUUUGUUGCAGCUUCAGUUUCACCAAAAGGAGAAUGGAUAUAUUGUGUUGGUGAAGACAUGAACAUGUAUUGCUUUAGCUACCAAUCUGGUAAACUGGAGCAUCUGAUGAAGGUGCAUGAGAAGGAUGUCAUAGGCAUUACGCACCAUCCUCACAGGAACUUAGUAGCCACCAUUGCUGAGGAUUGUAUGAUGAAGAUAUGGAAGCCUUGACUUUUUUUCUUUUUAAAAAAACCUUGAACCGAUGAUUAAAUAGGAUGUAUUUUGUUUUGUAAUUUAGAUAACUGGUAGGCGCUACAGCUAUGGACUCGUUGGUGCUUAUGUUGCCCCAUGUCUUACUACCAUUGUAUCCUGUACUAGAUUUAGGGACCUUUCAAUGGUGUAAACACAGCUUACUACGACUCCUCGCUACAAGUUCAUUAUGGUUAAUUUGGUUAUAGC